UGCAUACUGAAGGGUAUACUUCAGAUUUCAGAAGAAUUAAAACCUCCAGGUAACCUUGUGCACAGGGAGAUCUGACACAGGGGGGCACUGACACAAAUGGGCCCUAAUGAUUCCAGGUUUUGUAUGAGGGGUGUAACUUCUGGGCCAUAUUGCAAUAUCUGUACCAGGGCCCAGUGCUAUUCCUUUGGGUCCAUACAUACUGGUGCCUUCUUAUGGGGGCAGAGGUGCCUUUGGGGCCCCAGCUCGCACCCCCUAUAGUCCCACCUGGUCUUUCUGUGGGUGUCACACUGCUAUAGGGGUCCUAAGGUAUGUGCUGCUGUUAUCUCACCCGACAUGUCACUCCCAGCGCCCUAAUCUCAGCCAUGUAUUUGGGAGCUGCAGUCACUGGGCUGUACAGAAGGAAUAUUAUAUUGAUAAAAAGGAAGGGCCUGAAUGGGUUAAUGCGGCCGCUAAGUGUGUACAUCACCUGAGGUAACUUUCCGUCCGUGCGGAAGGUCUGGUGCCGCUCCAGCUGUGCACGGAGCAUGUGUGGGGCUGUGCCAGCAGCCGGAGCCUUGGCAGGAGGAGGGUGCGGGGGGCGGCACUGAGCAUCACACAGGCUUCUCUAAAGUAAGGAGGAAAGUGCGGGGCUGAGGAAUGACGCACGGGACCGUGCCCCGGAGCGGAGAUGCGGAACCAUUAGAGGCCCCGGCGCACACACAGCGACACUGCUCCCGGACGGCGGCGGCUCCACUUCCUCUCCGCGGCUGAACAGCUGAUGCGCCCGCCGGAGGAUAUGAGGCUGCCUGCCCUGUGCUCUCCUUCCUUCCGCCGCUGCUAGUCACUGCCUGCCGCCGCCAUCUGGACUCUGCAACCCGCCAGGCGGAGGCACAAGUGCGGGCACAGAGAGGCGCUGCGGGGAUGCUGCACAUGCCGAUCUGCCCAGCUCCUGAGUAUGUCCAGUGACCACCUCAACUCCACACUGCAAGAUGCCGCAUUCAAAGACCUCUUCCUGGUGAAAGCUGAACUGGAGUUUGUGCAGAUCAUCAUCAUAAUCGUGGUUAUAACUGUGAUGGUUGUUGUGAUCGUCUGCCUUCUGAAUCAUUAUAAGCUCUCAACGUGGUCCUUCAUUAACCGACAAAGCCAAAGCAGAAGACAGGAAGAAGUGCUUCAGCCGGAAACGUGUCUGUGGCCUUCAGAUAGUUUAAUGGCACGACAAGGAGCGUCAGAGAUCAUGUAUGCACCAAGGUCGAGGGACAGAUUCACAGCUCCUUCUUUUAUGCAGAGAGAUCGUUUCAGCCGCUUCCAACCAACAUAUCCUUACAUUCAGCAUGAGAUUGACCUUCCACCUACUAUUUCCCUCUCUGACGGCGAGGAGCCUCCACCUUACCAAGGUCCAUGCACUCUUCAGUUGCGGGACCCAGAGCAACAGAUGGAACUAAACAGAGAAUCUGUCAGGGCUCCACCAAACAGGACCAUUUUUGAUAGUGAUUUAAUAGAUAUAGCUAUGUACAAUGGUGGCCCGUGUCCACCUAGCAGCAAUUCCGGCAUCAGUGCAACCAAUUACAGCAGCAGUGGAAGAAUGGAAGGACCACCACCAACCUACAGUGAAGUUAUGGGACAUUACCCGGGCUCAUCUUAUUUCCAACACCAGCAAAAUAACUCCUCUACCCCGUCUCUGACAGGUGGCAGACUUCAGUAUCAACAAAAUGAUCUAGAAAGCACAAUAGUCCCUGUCAAUGGAAAAGAUAGGCAGCCCGGAAACCUUGUCUGAAUCUCCUCCAAACGGUCCAUAACCUAAAGCGGCAGAAGUAGACGUGACAGUGACCGGGUGACUUCCUGAGCUCUGGUGCACAGUGCUGUUGUUUCUCAAGUGGUACACUCAAGUUAAGCCAAAUGCACAUAUUUCUUGUAUGCAGAUUCUGAUACCAGUCAGAGGAAGGCAUGCAAUCGGAUAGAAUUCUACACACUUUUUCUGUUUGACCCAUACAUUUGUUUCAAGAAACGUCUUUUUAUGUUAUCAUAUUUCAGUUUAUUUAAACUUUACAAAAAUGUGGCACAGAACUCUAGCUUUGCAGAGCCUCUCUCAUAUACUGAUAUUAGUGAGAGUCACAUAGAACAAGAAAGUGUUUAUUUAGAGAUGCUAAGGUUUAUAGGCAGAUGGCCAAUGUGUAGGGGCAGUGCUAACUAUUUUAUGGAAAUCUAUAACCCUUUUGUGUGUGCUAAUGUGUACAGUGAGUUGACUGAAUGAGAUGAAUGCAGAUUUUAUAUAUAUAUUUUUUUUAUUGUUUAUUCACAUGUUCAGCAUCCUGUACGUAUUUAAUGCGCAGGAUUUGAAGCUGUAGAUUUUAUGCUGAAAGAGUUCAAUGGAAACUGACAACGUGGCAUCAAUUCUGUAGCUUCAAAUCUGCUGCAUCAAUUAUGCGCAGCAUACUGUACGUGAGAAUAGAACCAUAAAGGGGUACUCUGCUGCUCAGCGUUUGUAACAAACUGUUCUGAGCGCUGGAGCUGGCGCCGGGAGUUUGUGACGCCAUAGCCCUGCCUCUCAUGACGUCACGCCCCGCCCCCUCAAUGCAAGUCUAUGGGAGGGGGCUUGACGCUGUCACGCCCCUCCCAUAGACUUGUAUUGAGGGGGCGGGACAUGAUGAUGUUGUGAGGGGGUGGGGCUAUGACGUCACAAGCUCCCAGCUCCAGCGUUCAGAACAGUUUGUUCCAAAUGCUAAGCAGUGGAGUACCCCUUUAGGAGGAAAAGUUGCACUAAAUGAUAAUUAUUCACAUUAUUUUCUAUGAGGGAAUCGUGUAAUGUAAUUCUUACUUGUCAUGCAGUAUUUGUGAGGAUAAAACAAUUGAGACGACCAGCAACAAAGAAACCAUCCAAGGUUUCACUCUCACUAGUUUGCUAGAUGCACAUUUCUUCUUUAGUUAACCAGGAAUGGGCAACUUUCCUCUGUUCCGUUACCACUGUAUCUGCAUGAAAUACAGAAUACAGAAAGUUUUCCAUUCAUACAAUACUAUACUGAAUUAAAUUUAAAGUGAAAACCCUAAGGGUACUUCUAUAUGCUGCAAAAAAAAUCUGCACAGAAUCCAUGCUGAAAAGGACCUGUUAUGUGGAUCUGCUACUUCAUGCUGAGGGAAUAUAAAUGUCAAAUGCUGUAUAAAAUCUAUAGUUAUUGCAGAUUUCAAAAACAUGGGAAAGUAAAGAAAAACUGUCUAAAAGAAAAACUGAUUUAGUGGGACAUGUCAACCAAAUACAUUGUAGAUCUCACUUUACAUAAUGAUCAUUGAAAAUUAAAGCUGAGCUCUGAUUGGUUGCUGUGGAACACUAAAAAGUUUCUCUUAGAGUACUUUCACACGAGCGGAUCCCCAGCGUAUUUUACGUUGCAGAUCCGCCCCUGUAUGGUGCCUUUACAGGUGCCUGCUUGGAGCGGCAAUACACGAGCAGACACACUGCUAUGAGCAGACACACUGCGAUGUGCGAGGCGCAGUGCGCAGUAUACUUGCACAUCGUGGCAGCUCUCGGCCUAGCUCAUAGAGCAGGGGGAGCGGUCGCGAUGUGUGAAAGUACACCGUGCAUGUGCGGCAACUCGCACAUCGCUUCACUGUGUCUGCUCGUAGCCGCUUAUUGCCGCUCCGAGCAGGCACCUGUAAAGGCAGCAUACAGCGGUCCUUCAGCCUGUAAAGGCAGCAUACAGAGGUCCUAAUACGCGCUGGGGAUCCGCUCGUGUGAACGUACCCUUAGACACUUUUAUUCCCUCCCACAGAUUUUUUUUUUUUUUUAAUCUCUCUCGCUCUCUCUCUCGACAUUUACAUAACCCGUUGUUUCCAUAAUCCGCAUUGGCAAAUAUCGGCAACAAUAUCUGCACAAUUUGAUGUGGAUGCGGUACUGCAAAUUUACCCGUAGAAAGGCUGUGGAUUUUACACUGCAGUAAAUCUACAGCAUCUGUUUGGUGUGAAAGUACCCUGACACUCUCUGUAGUAUCAAUGUGCUGAUAUUUUGGUUGUGACAUUUCUUUUAGACAUUUCAUACCCAUGUCUGCGUUAAAGCACCAUUAUUAUGUUUACUCGUGAACACUGCUGGGGACAAUGUCUAACAUCAAUAUUACUUUGUUUUAGUUUUGUUUAUAACCCAGACUAAUAAGCGUCCAUGCAACAAGUAAACUAAUCCAUAAGUACCUAGAAAAAGUGCUGAAGUCUGUACUUAGGGAGGUCUAAACAGCCAUUGGUUGUUAAGUAUCCAAGCUGAUCAAGAAGUUGUUCAUAAAUUCUUAGCUUUAUUGUAUCUUAAAUGGGUACUCCACCCCUAGACAUUUUAUUCCUUAUCUAAAGGAUAGGGAAUAAGAUGUCUGAUGGCUGGGACCCCCACGAUCUCUGUGUAGCCCCAGUCUUUCGUUUAGAAAGCUGGGGGCGGUCAUGACAUCACGGCCACGCCCCACCGAGCCAUCACGCCACACCCCCUCAAUGUAAAUCUAUGGGAGGGGCGUGGCUGUCGCCACGCCCCCUCCCAUAGACUUACAUUGAGGGGGCAUGGUGUGAUAUCACAAUGGGAUGUGGCCAUGACGUCACGACCCCCGCUCCAAGCGUUCGGAACAAAAUUCCGAAUGCUGGGGCAGCGGAGUACCCCUUUUUUAAAUCUGAUUUUGAGCUGGCUUUUCUUCAUGACUUGUAUGUAGUAUGGAUCAAUAACCACACUUGGCUACACUAGGCAAAGCCACAAAAUAACUUCAAGAUGUGUGCACAGUUAUUAUCUGUGGUACAAAAAGACACUUCCAGGACACAUUCAAAAUAGCCCCUUAGACGUGAUUCUUAUAUAUGAAUAAUGUACAGAAAGUUUAUUAGCUCUUGCCUCUCUCUCUUCUUGGUUAUCCACUUUAAAGCUUGCACCAAAUGCUGGAACUGUUUCUACUUGUGUGAUGAUAUUCACGAUCUGUUCAUAUUACAAGUGGUCUGAACCGCUGAACAAUGUAAAAGAGUAUUCUGUGCCUGGAAACAGUUCCAAUUCUUCAUCCUCUUAAAACCACAGUGAAGGGCAUUUCUUGAAAUAUAGUUGACCGUGAAGACGGCCACCUAAGGGAGGAAAAGGAUGCUUUAGCUAUUCAUUAUCUUUAUAUAUUCACAAGAUGCACAGAAGUAGAAUCCUAUAUAGAAGGUUUAACAGUAAAGUCUUUGAAGUGUAAAAUUUACCAUAGACAUGAGAUUCUGUGAUCUCCUGACGUAACUGCAUCAGAUUUGUUGGGCAGCCAACUAUCCAUUUCCCUGUGUUUGAAAUAACUUCAUUGGUUGGCCUGUUUUCUGUCUGUGACUUUACUAUGAAGCGACAGGCUGUGCUUCUUUAUCUAUGGACAGCUUGUGAACAUAUAAUUAAAUUAAACAAUGUUAGAAACCUAGAUAGGUAGAUUUGUUGCAGGGAUAUUCAGGCUUGCAGAGAUUCAUGAGCUUGUGGCCAAAACAACCCCAUUUAUAGUAAAUGAAUUGUUUUCUUAGCUGCCACUGAUCCUCUGUGUGUUAAUAUUUCCCUACCCUACAUCUUCGAAUAUGUGUCCUUGUAGAGCUGGGCGGUAUGACCAAAUGUGUAUGUGUAUCACGGUAUUUUUGUAACUUAUGGCGGUUCCACGGUAUAUAAUGGUAUUUCUGUCCCCCAAGCCCCGCACCCCCAAAACAUGUGACCCGCAAGCGCUGUUCUGCCCCCCCCCCCCAUUUAAUUAUUAGAGCUGCGCUGUCCCCAUCGGGUUACUA